AUGAAGUACUCAUCAAUCCAAGUUGUUUUGCCUUUGAUCAUCUUUACAUUCUCUCUGAGUCAUCUCUUCAUUGGCAAUCAAAUUGUUGUAUUGGCUCAAAAUACAACCAUUCCCUUCAAUGUUGGGUUUGUUCUUGAUUUCAAUAAAAUGGUUGGGAGAAUUGGGUUGAGCUGCAUCUCCAUGGCUUUGUAUGAUUUCUAUGAAACUCACAGUUUCUACAAAACAAGACUGGUUCUCCACACCAGGGAUUCCAAGAACAGUGUGGUCCAUGCUUCUUCUAUGUCUCUUGAUCUACUAAAGAACAUAGAAGUACAAGCAAUUAUUGGGCCAGAAACAUCAUCUCAGGCCAACUUUAUGAUUGAUCUUGGAGACGAAGCUCAGGUGCCCAUUAUAUCUUUCUCUGCAACUAGUCCUUCUCUUUCUUCAACUCAAACUCCUUAUUUUGUCAGGGCUUCCCUUAGUGACUCCUCUCAGGUAAAAGCAAUUGCUUCCAUUGUCCAAUCCUUCGGAUGGAAGGAAGCUGUACUGUUAUAUGAGUCCACUGAUUAUGGUAAUGGAAUUGUACCUUAUUUGGACGAUGCGUUUACAGCAAUCGAGACUCGUGUCCCUCACAGAAGUGUCCUUUCUCCUUCAGCCUCUGAUGAUCGAAUUCUUGCAGAGCUUUACAAGUUGAUGACAAUGCAAACUAGAGUAUUUGUUGUGCACAUGACAUACUCAAUCGCUGCUCGUUUAUUUCUGAAAGCAAAAACUAUUGGAAUGAUGGAUGAAGGAUAUGCCUGGAUUAUCACAGAUGGGCUAUCUAAUCAACUGAAUUCCAUGAACCUCUCGGUUGUCCAUUCUAUACAAGGUGUACUAGGUGUUGAGCCUUAUGUGCCCAUGUCUGAUAAGCUUAUGAACUUUAAGAUCAGAUGGAGAUACAAGUUCCACAAGGAAAACCCAGAUAUGGAAAGUGCCUCUCUUAACAUUUUUGGACUGUGGGCAUAUGAUACUGUCUGGGCACUAGCACUGGCAGCUGAGAAAUUAGCGGCAGAGAAUCUCCACUUCCAACACCCACAAGUUGUUAAUGAAACAACUGACCUUUUAAAUCUUGGAAUCUCUACAAUAGGUCCUAAACUUCUCCAGACAAUCUUGGAGACAAAAUUUAAAGGCAUGAGUGGAGAAUUUAGCCUUGUCGAUGGACAACUACAAUCACCGGUAUACCGGGUACUCAAUGUAAUAGGUCAUGGAGGAAGGGAGAUUGGGUUCUGGACACCAACAAAUGGAAUUUUACAUGAACUGAAUGAAUCUUCAAAUUCCAAUCUCUAUCCUAUAGUAUGGCCAGGAGAUUCUAUGACAGUGCCUAAAGGUUGGGUAAUUCCUACAAAUGGGAAGAAACUGAAGAUCGGAGUUCCUGUCAAGGAAGGAUUUACUGAAUUUGUGAAGGUAGUAAGAGAUCCUACUACUGAUGCCACAAUUGUCACUGGGUACUGCAUUGAUGUCUUUAAUGCUGUAAUUGGGGAACUGCCAUAUGCACUUCCUUAUGAGUUUAUUCCAUUCAAGAAGCCUAAUGAUACAAGUGCUGGGACAUACAAUGAUUUUAUCUACCAAGUAUAUCUCCAAAAAUAUGACGCAGUCGUUGGUGAUAUAACUAUCAGAGCCAAUCGGUCCUUGUAUGUCGAUUUUACGAUGCCAUUCACACAGUCUGGGGUAACAAUGAUAGUGCCAAUCGAACAAAAUCAGAGGAAGAAUAUGUGGGUUUUCCUGAAGCCGUUAAAUUGGGAUCUAUGGUUCACUAUUCUCAUCUUCUUCAUCUUCACAGGCUUUGUGACCUGGGUCCUAGAACACAGAGUAAACAAAGAUUUUAGGGGUUCACCUACUAAUCAACUUGGAAUGAUCUUCUGGUUUGUCUUCUCCACCAUGGUUUUUGCACAUAAAGAGGUCUUCAGCAACUUGGCUAGGUUUGUUGUGAUCAUAUGGGUAUUUGUUGUGCUCAUCCUCACAUCAAGUUACACAGCAAGCCUAACUUCCAUGCUGACGGUUCAACAGCUCCAACCUACUGUCACAGAUGUAAAAGAGCUCAUAAGAAGUGGGGAGAAUGUGGGGUACAAACAAUACUCAUUUGUGUAUGAGAUGCUAAUUCAAAUGGGCUUUAAUAAAUCCAAGAUUAGAACCUAUGAAACUGUAGAACAACUAGACAAAGCUUUAUCUAAAGGGAGUAACAAUGGUGGUAUUGCUGCGGCUUUUGAUGAGAUCCCUUACAUGAAACUCUUUCUUUCAAACUACUGUGAUAAGUACACCACGGUAGGACCUACUUAUAAGGCUGAUGGAUUCGGCUUCGCUUUUCCAAGAGGAUCCCCUCUGGUACCUGAUGUUUCGAGGGCGGUCUUAAAUGUAACAGAAGGAGGAAAAAUGGCAAGGAUUGAGCAAGCAUGGUUUGGGCAAGACAAUUGUCUUAGUAGUACAAAGGUUUCUUCAUAUGGUCUUACAUUAGAUAGUUUUGGGGGCUUGUUCAUCAUCACUGGAGCUGCUUCUCUCCUAGCCCUCUUCAUAUUCUUACUUAGAUUUUGUCGUAGCAAUGAGGUUGUUAUCAGACAUGAUAAUCCUAAUGCUUCUACAUUGAAAAGAAUAGUUGAAAUGGCAAAAAAAUAUGAUGAGAUAGAUCCUUCCUCUCAUGAUUCUAGAGUAAUUAAAAAUCACAAACAAAAGACAGAAAUUGCAUUAAGCACUGAAGCCUCCCCCAUAUCUAUUGCUCCAAGUCCGCCUACAAGUCAAUCUGCUAUAGAACAAGGGUGGGAAUCAACCAGUUCCUCCCGUACAGAAGGAAAUGCCACUCCCUUGGAAGGUCAAGAGAACCCAUUUAGUACGCAACCAAAUGUAAAUUGGAGGCAAGGUACCGAAAUACUUUCUACUGAGAUUAUUUGUCGAGAUGACUUUGAACCAAGCUCAUUGGAGAGCGAGGAUCCAUGUGACUGA